AUGACUGCGUUGGGUCGAAAACGACGCCCAUCAUCUCCUCCUCCGCUCUCCCUCUCAGCUCGCUGGGCCAACCCUCCUCUUUCCAAGAUCCCAAAACUCAAUCAUCUCUUCGACGGCACAGGCUCGCGAUCGAUGGAGUCCACCAGUACUGGCCGGUCAAAGCUCAGCGUCAAGAGCCAGUUCAAGAGGGGGGUCUCCAGCAUCAAGACGGUCUUGGGCAUGGGGGAUAGAAGUAGCGGUGGCAGCAUGCAAUACCACCACGAGACCACGUUUCCUCUGGCCCACGAAAAUCACUCCGUAUACUUACUUGCCAAUGAAUCGAACACGACGACGAUCCACCAACCUUUGAAGAUUCGACUGACUGCUAUUGCUGACAACUCGGCCGAUGAUGGGGAUAUCUCAGCAUCGCCAACUAUCAAGAGCGCUCCGAGUACCCCUAGGCUAUAUGAAGUCCCUGAAAACGAAGAGGACGAUUCAUACGGUUCUCUUACCACCAGCAAGAAUGGCAGUGAGCUCUCGCGGAGUCAAUCUGCCCCUGGGCUCCAGCGUCGCAUAAGCCAGAAGUUUCAACAAGCGUUCGGCAACGGGAACUCGACCAUUGUCAAGAGAUCAGGCUUACGUUCAAGACCUAGCGUUCAGACACUCUUAAGGGAAUCAGCCGCAGCGUCCUCGACGCCGUGCUCAUCUACCCCUCCCACAUUGAUUAGCGGUACAUCUUCCUCCAUCAAUGGGACUUUAUCGACUCCGCAAACCUCGGAGCCAUUGACUCCUUCGUCAACCGUCCGCCGCGGUUGCCUCGAUUUGGUCGAAGUCGACCAACAGAAAUUCAUGGUAGAAGGUCGCUUGCUUAGUCCGAUCCCAGAAAGUAUCAAUUUUCCCUUCCUCACCAUCAGGACGGUUGAAGCCGCUGCGACGACCAAAAUAUUCUUCGAGCUCCACUUCAACUCGUUGUUCCAGGGCACACCGCCAAGAGCAUCACGGCGCAAGGAGUUGGAGAAGCGUAUGCGUAAACUGCAGCUGCCUCCGGAUAUUCGGGACCGAAUUCGGACAGCGUGGGAGAUGGCUGAGAGCGAGAAUCUCCGACAGCGUCGAGUGCUGAAAAACACGACGAGCUCAGCCAAAGCGAGCCAGGGGGUCAGCAUCGGUGGCUUUGAGGUGAUCAACGUUCUCGGAAAAGGGAGCUUCGGGGUUGUUCGACUGGUCAAGGCCAAAAACAGCGGCGAUGGGUUGCAGAAUUCUGAAAUCAAAGGCGCCGACAAAGUGCUGAUCAACGCACCAUCUCGAUCCAGUUUGAAGUCGUCGGGCAGGUUGCUAUCUGGCAGUCUUUUCAGCAAGCGAAAAGAUGCGACCAAGGCCAGGAAGGAAGUGUAUGCCAUGAAAGUCAUUCGAAAGUCAGACAUGAUCCGCAACGGACAAGAAGGACAUCUCCGAGCUGAGCGUGAUUUCCUUGUUGCGGCAGAGGGUUCGAGAUGGGUCAUUCCACUGAUUGCUGCUUUUCAGGACCAAAAGCACUUGUAUCUAGUGAUGGAGUACUGCAUCGGAGGCGAUUUUCUGGGGUUGCUCAUCCGCAAGAACACUCUCAGCGAAGAGUUCACGAAAUUCUACAUUGCGGAAAUGAUUCUCUGUGUCGAAGAAGCUCAUCGCAUGCAAUGGAUUCACCGAGAUGUGAAACCCGACAAUUUUCUCAUCGGGUUCGACGGCCAUCUGAAGAUUUCCGACUUUGGUCUGGCUUUUAAUGGAGACUGGUCUCACGACCAAAGAUUCUAUCAAAAAACUCGCCAUUCGCUGUUGGAUGACUUGGGGAUUGUGAUUGAUGGUGACGAUCAGGACAAACAAGAGAAGGAAGCCCAGUCACACCAUGCAAGCAGGAGGCAUGGCAAGGAGGACUCGAAUUACAAAGAAGAACCCAUGCUGGGAGAGCCAAUUUUGGAUUGGCGCAACCGGUCGCAACGUCGACGCCUGGCCCGUUCUGUCGUUGGCACUUCGCAGUAUAUGGCUCCCGAGUGGAGCAUCGCGGUCAUCAUGUACGAGUGCCUUUUCGGUUUCACUCCCUUUGCCUGCGACGACCGCCAACAGACCAAGCUCAAGAUCCUGCAGCACAAGAAGACUUUGAUGUUUCCGCAACCAGAGGGUGUCCCCAUUCCGAGCAUGGAAGCGUUGGACCUCAUGAUGCAAAUCUUGGUGGAAAAGGAGAAACGCCUCUGCAGUCGGCAGUAUGAGCACAAUGACUUCACCAGGAAGAUUGUCGGCGGCCGCCUUGUCCGUUGCGUCGCGGACAAGGCUCAUCAAAACUACCAGGGGUAUUUUGUCUAUCCUGGCGAUGCUGAAGAUAUCAAGCGUCAUGCAUGGUUUGCCAACACUAAUUGGGACACGUUUUACCGGCAACGUCCGCCGUAUGAGCCUCGCGUCAGAGAUUGGGAAGACACCAAAUACUUUGAUGAAGAGGAUGCCCUAUCCGACAUGGAUUCUGCGACAACGCUGGACGAGGUUGCGGUCGCGCCCGGACAGGAAGCCGCUGCUCAGAAUACAAACACCAACCCCAAGCGCAAAACUACCCAACUGAGCCAUCAUCAGGCAGAAGGGCAGAAUAUUGUGCCAUCCAGCGCCAUGAACAUCCCCCCUCCCCAGGACUGUCCCGGACUGGGGGUCAACCAUGCUGAAGCGGAACAGAUGCAUGCGCUGAAAAAUCCUCUUAUGCAACCACGGGUGAAUGGGUGCCUCACGACUGGAGCCACGCUUGUGGACACAGGUCUCCAUAUUGAAGGCACUCUAGCCACGAUAAUCACGGAAAAUGUGAAGCCCAAAGCCAAGAAGAGGGAAAAGAAGAGGCCCAGAGACAUCAUCUUGCGGGACCCUGCUGCAGGAGCACCGGCUUUGGAGGCUCGGAAACUCGGCGCCUUCAUGGGAUAUGAGUAUCGUCAGCCUACAACGGCGCAGGACAUUAUAGAACAGGUGGUCGUGGAGGAGAUGGAAGGAAACAACAUCAAAAUGUACCGGCAAGGAUGUGAUCAGCAUGAUCCAGACCUAACGUACGAGAGGCGGGUAUACAUGGACGCCGGCGGGCAGUUGUUUCCCCGCCAACGAGCUGCGCUGGUGUGA